UGAAAGGAAGGAAGGAAAGAGGCAUAGUAGACCCGGAGGACGUCACUGCCGCUAACAGCAGAGUACCAGCAGCAGAAGGAGGAUCAGCGGGCGCUCGUCCGAUCCCCCGCGUUUACGCGCCGACGAGCAUGCUGCCACCUCACGGACCGCCAAAGCUGCCGAUGACGCUUUGAAAAGAAAAAAACAUGGAUAUGGCCAUGGACGGAAAAGGUGAAAAUUGUACAAGUAAUGGAGAAAACGCAAAACCGCCACCGCCCGUAAAUGACGCAAAAAUGGAUAAUAAACCUGGCGAGAAAACAAACCCCACGUUGGGAACAAAGAAGGAUACAAAAAUGGUACAAAAACCAACCCGCGAUUGUACAAGAGUGGUCGUAGUGGCACUAACUCCGGAUCGUCAAAGAGAACAAUGGAACAAAAAGGUGGAGUUUCUUUUGGCUGUGGUGGGUUUCGCUGUGGAUUUGGGGAACGUAUGGAGGUUUCCUUAUAUCUGUUACCAGAACGGAGGAGGUGCGUUUCUUAUUCCAUACACUCUUAUGCUCAUCUUUGGAGGCCUACCUCUCUUCUAUAUGGAGUUAGCACUUGGACAAUUCCACAGAAGUGGUUGCUUAACAAUUUGGAAACGGAUAUGUCCUGCUUUAAAAGGUGUUGGUUAUGCAAUUUGUCUAAUUGAUCUUUAUAUGGGAAUGUAUUACAAUACAAUAAUAGGAUGGGCUGUUUAUUAUUUAAUAGCUUCAUUUCAAUCAACAUUACCUUGGACAAGCUGUGGAAAUCCAUGGAACACUCCUACUUGUAGAUCUGUUAAGGAACAAAUAGGGAAUGCAACAAGCCCAGCCAAGGAAUUUUUUGAACGUGAAGUCUUAGAACAGCAGAACUCAAUGGGUUUGGAUAGAAUUGGACCAAUAAAACCAGCUUUAGCAGUUUGCGUCUUCGCAGUGUUCAUUCUUGUUUAUUUUUCACUGUGGAAAGGUGUAAAAAGUACUGGAAAAGCAGUUUGGAUAACUGCUCUAGCACCAUACGUAGUUCUAAUAAUCUUAUUAGUUCGCGGAGUGACACUUCCGGGAGCAGAAGAGGGAAUCCGAUAUUAUUUAAAACCCCAAUGGCACCAACUACUGAAAUCAAAAGUCUGGAUAGACGCUGCAUCGCAAAUCUUCUUUUCUCUUGGACCAGGAUUCGGAACGCUUCUAGCACUUUCCAGUUACAAUCAAUUCCAUAAUAACUGUUACCGAGAUGCUAUUUUAACUAGUACGAUUAACUGUUUAACAAGUUUUUUGGCGGGUUUUGUUAUAUUUUCUGUACUUGGUUAUAUGGCGAAAGAACAGAAUAAAUCUAUAGAAGAUGUUGGUAUAGAAGGUCCCGGUUUGGUUUUUGUCGUUUACCCGGAAGCUAUAGCUACAAUGACCGGAUCGAAUUUUUGGGCGAUAAUUUUCUUUUUAAUGUUGAUUACCUUGGGAUUGGAUAGCACUUUCGGUGGACUUGAAGCGAUGAUUACUGCAUUAUGCGAUGAAUAUCCAAAGUUUUUAGGACGACACAGAGAAAUUUUUGUUGGUGUUUUACUUUUGGGAAUUUAUAUUUGUGGACUUCCUACAACUACUUAUGGUGGAGUGUAUUUAGUAAAUAUGUUAAACGUUUACGGUCCAGGUUUGGCGAUUUUGUUUGUGGUUUUUGUGGAAGCUGCUGGAGUAUGUUGGAUAUAUGGAACGGACAAUUUUGCAAGAGAUAUUGAGAAGAUGAUCGGACAUCGCCCCGGUUUGUUUUGGAGAAUAUGCUGGAAUUACAUUAGCCCAAUCUUCAUUCUCGUUAUUUUUAUCUUCUCCCUUUUAAGUCACCACGAAAUGUUAGGAUCAGGAGUCGAAUAUCCCGAAUGGAGUUUUAAAGUCGGUUGGGCUUUAACUGCUUCUUCCAUCAUUUGUAUUCCUGCUUAUAUUGUAUACAAGUUUAUAAUAACACCAGGAAGUGUAUUACAGCGAUGGAAAAUGAUGUGGAAACCGGAACAUUCAUCAGAAAACAGUACAUUAACUUAUUGUGGAGGGGCCGAAGUGUGACCGCCAAAUAAAAAGCUUCAAACAACAUUUGAAUGGUUAGUUUAAAAACUAUUUAAUUUAAAAAUCCUAGAAAAUACCAGCCAUAUUUUCACGGGAUUUUCGUAUUUAUUUCUUUAAAUGAAGGGUCUAACACGGAAAUAGACCAAGCCCAAUUUUACGACAAAUUUAAUUAAUAAUUAUGAUAUUACAUAAAUUUGCAUAAAAAUGGACCUGGCUUGUUCUUGCCCUUGUAAUUAAUUAAGUUUUUUUAUAGAAAUUUUAUAAUUAAAUCAACAUUACACUUAAGCGAUGAUAACCUAAAAAAUGUAUAUAUACAAAAUUACUGCUGUACGUGUUAGGCUUUAAAUAUUUGUAUAAGUAUUAGAAGAAAACUCCUAUUGUAAUAAAUAAAAUGAAUAUUUGCGGACUAUAAAACAAUCAUAAAUACAAAAGAUGAGACCAAUUGAAGAAUUCAAAGAUAGCGUACACUUACAUACAUCCAAAACUAAAAUUGUUUAAAAUCAAACUUUGAAGGUUACAACAGCCAUUGUGUCUUCAAAGAAUCAAAAUUUGUAAUCGUGGUGUCUUCACACUGUCGUAUUAAAAAUAUCUUAAAUUAAAAAUUCUUUUAACAGUUUUAAAUUGUGAAAAUCGUCAAAAUCUUAAUUAACAACUAGGACUGACACUAACACUAUCACUAGACCUAGAAGUUGUCAGGUUAAGCAAUGAGUCUUUUGAACAAAUUUUUGAUGUUUAGGAUGCCAUGUUGCAACCUUCUUCAGAAAACUUCAAAUUUGUUUCUGAAGAAGGUUCCAACAUGGCAUCUGAAACGCCUAACACUUUUUCAAAAGACAAACGGCUUAUCCCGAAAGUUUCUAGUUCUAUGUCUAGUGUUAAUUCUAGUGAUAGUGUUAGUUCUAGGUUUAGUUCAAUUAACAUCUUCCGUGAAAGCUUUCACACUUAUAUUACUUGUUACUCGUCAGCGAUUAAAGAUUUAUUUAAGUAAAUUUGCGAGUAAACUGGAUCAAUGUCAUUGAGACUAAAGUAAUGAGCAAAAAGUUUAUAUUAAAUAUUUUUCAUGACUUUAUGAAGCUAAACUUUGAUGCAGCUAAGCUAAACUUUCGAAAGUUGUGGAGACACUCUAUAAUUAAAAAUACGUCUGUUUCUUUUUGUUAUUACAAAAAUGGCAAUUUAAAAGACAGCCACUUUUAAAUUGUCAAUAUUAGACAAUAAUUUUUGUAUAUCAACUUUAUUAUUUUUUAUCACUUAUUUAAAAAGUUUUUUUUAAAUUUGUUUAAUUUUUUAAAUAUUUAAACAAAUUAAGUUGUUUUCUGAAAUAGAAGAUUGUUUAUAAACGGGGCCUUGAACAAUUUUUACCUUUAAUAAAUAUUUAUUUUUUAA